AUGCCCGACAAGAUUCUCGAUGACAUCUCGCACCGCAGGUUCAACCCCCUGACUGGUUCCUGGCUGCUUGUUUCCCCCCAUCGGACAAAGCGCCCCUGGCAAGGUCAGCAAGAAGCCGCAGUCGCCAACAGUCUUCCAGAAUAUGAUCCAAAGUGCUACCUAUGUCCUGGGAACAAGCGCGCACAAGGCGACUCCAACCCCAAGUACGACAGCACCUUCGUCUUCGUGAACGACUACAGCGCUGUCAAGGAAGAGCAACCGGGGUACAAGUCCGAGAACAGCAGCGAUGAUAUCGCCUCGCUCCUCCUGCGAGCCGAGUCUGUCACUGGUAAAUGCUACGUUCUCACCUUCAGCGCGAAACAUCACGUCACGCUCGCCGACAUGACGCCCCAAGAGAUUCUGCCCGUCAUCGAGACAUGGACGCGCAUCUACGCAAGCCACCUCGCGCCCUCGAACCCCCUGUCCGCAGUCGCUUCGAAGCUCAGCCUCCUGCAAAAGCCGUCCGGCCCCGAAGACACAGUCGAGAAGCCAGCGCAUCAGUUGCGAUACAUGCAGAUCUUCGAGAAUAAGGGUGCUGCCAUGGGAUGCAGCAAUCCCCACCCGCAUUGUCAGAUAUGGACGACGAGCUCGCUGCCAGAGGAGCCCGGGAAGGAGCUGGUGGAGAUGACCAAGUAUCGCAAGGCUCACGGUGGCAGGCACCUCCUGGCGGACUACGCCAAACUGGAGAUGGAGAAAGGCGAGCGUGUCGUCUGGCAGAACGACGCCUUUCUGGUUGUUUGCCCCUGGUGGGCGAUCUGGCCGUUCGAGGUCCUCAUCAUCGCCAAGCGGCAUGUCCGAGCAUUAGUCGACCUUACAGACGAGGAGCGGCUGCAGUUCGCCGAGGCCAUCCAAGAGGUGACAAGGCGAUAUGACAACCUCUUCGAAUGCAACUUCCCCUACAGUUCCGGCAUCCACCAAACGCCGCUGGACUGUACCGAAGAAGAGGCCGAGAACAGCUACUUCCACAUGCACUUCUACCCGCCGCUGUUGCGCUCGGCGACGGUGCGAAAAUUCCUCGUGGGAUACGAGCUGAUGGCGGAGCCACAACGAGAUAUAACUCCCGAACAGGCGGCUGCUCGACUGAGGGAUCUGGGCGGAGAGCUGUAUAGGAAAUCACUGGCCAAAUAA